GGUUGUACGUUGGCCUUUUUUGUUGCUUACUUUGUUAGCUCCAAUGGGCCACGUUGGAACUGACUCUGGAUGGUGUUGGCCAUCAAGCGAAAACCUGCCAGAAAGUCGAUUCAGUGCCAAAAGAAUUCACUAGGCAAACCUCGUACUAAUCGAACUCUGGAAAGUGAGCAGCGCUGCUGCAGAAGAACGUUGAAAAGAUGUCAGCAAUCAGUUUCCGUUAAAGUGGUUCAACGAAAUUCACCUACAAUGCGGGACUUGGUGUGUGUAAAGGAUUUUGAGGAGUUUGCCUACAAAGUCCUGCCGAGGAACACUUUGGACUACUACCGAAGCGGCGCUGGCAGGCAGGAGACUUUGGACAACAACAGAAGGGCGUUUUCCAAAUACAAAAUCCGCCCGAGAUGCUUGAGAGACGUCUCAACCAGAAGCGUAUCCACCACUGCUUUGGGAGCCAAGCUGCUAAUGCCUGUGGGAAUAUCGCCAAGUGCCAUGCAAAGAAUGGCGCAUCCAGAGGGAGAAUGUGCCAAUGCCCGAGCCGCAGAAUCCAUGGGUACCAUCUUCAUACUAAGCACGAUAGCUACGAGUAGCAUAGAAGAAGUAGCUGAAGCUGCGCCUAAAUGCAUCAAGUGGUUCCAGCUGUAUAUCUACAAUGAUAGAGAAGUCACCAUCAACCUGGUAAAGAGGGCGGAAAAGGCCGGAUUCAAAGCCCUGGUGCUCACUGUGGACACCCCGAUGUUCGGCCUGAGGACGGCUGAUCUCAGAAACAAGUUCAAGUUGCCUCCGCAUCUCAA